AACAUCUCUUUCGCAGGUUAUAAAAUUCGGCAUACGAUUUGCAAAUGGCGACAAUGUUCAAGAAGCCUAAACGUAAUUUCCGAAGAAAAGUUGUUACAGACAGUGAUUCUGAUCAGGAAAACGAAAAUAAACUCUCAGAGGUUGAUAAUGAAGAAAAUGGAAAUUAUAUGGACAUUGACGAUGAUUGUCCAGACAUUUUGCGUGCACCGCCGCCACUGCCACCGCCACCACCACCAAUUCCGGAGUUAAAGAAAGUGAAGAAAAAGAAACGUGAUAAAGAAUUAGACCCUUCGAAAGUCAAACCGCUCAGUUUUGACACAGAGGAAGAUGGUGACACUGAAGUGUUUAAAGUCAAGAAAUCUAGUCACAGUAAACGUAUUGCCAAACAGCUGAAGAAGGAAAGCCUGAAGGAGAAAGAGGAAAAUCCAGACAGUCCAAAGAAAGAAGAGAAGGAAAUUAAGGAAGAGCCUCAGGAAAUUGCUGAAGAAAAACUGAAGAAACUAAGAGAAGAGAUCAGAACUUUGAAUGGGGAUGAAGACGAAGAUGAAGAAAGUGAUGAGGAUGGGAAAAUGGUUUUCAGGUCGAUGUUGGCAAGAGGUGAGAUCCCAGAUGCACGGACCAUCCACAUGAUUCGAAAACAGCGGCAGAUGGCAAGAGAACUGGGAGAUGAAAUACCUCUUGAAGAACCAGAGGCACCAAACAAAACAACUGCUAGACUUGUCAGGGAUGAUGAGAAUGACCGCAGUGACGAGGAAGACCGGAUCGACUUCACCAUUGACACUGCUGCUCGUGAUCUGCAGCGGAUGAGAGACGACUUUUUAGCAGCCGAGCAUGGGAGUGACAAUGAAGGAAGUGACCGAGAGAUCCAGGAGUGGGAAGCCCAGCAGAUCCGGAAGGCAGUGACUGCAGCUAACAUACAGCAGGUGUCAUCGAGCCAGGAUGAGUAUGAAGCAAAGACAAGUUCCCCGCAGAAUUACUCGAUAUUCAACAAUGGAGACUCUCAGAAGACCAAGUUUGAGCCAUUCCAGGCCCUGUCCAAGACAGCUGAUGCCUCCCAGCUGACAAUCGAGGCCAUCAGGAGGCGAAUGCAAGAGAGGCUCCACGUAAUGGACGAAGUUUACAGGAGUCAUAAGAUGGAACGUGACAGACUGGCAACUGAGUUUGUCGACACCCAAACUUGCAUUGAAGAGUGUGAAGGGAAAUGCAGCAGUUUGGGGGAACGCUAUAAGUUCUUCCAAGAAAUGAGGGGGUAUGUGAGAGACUUGGUUGAGUGUCUAAACGAGAAGGUGCCCCUGAUCAAUGACUUGGAGACUCGCAUGCUUCACUUACUGAAACUGCGGGCCGAGAAUCUGCUGCAACGGCGGCAGCAGGAUGUCCGAGACCAGUGUCAGGACUACAUGACAAGUAAGGCUGCCUCUAAGGUUAUAAUGGCCAGUAAUGAGGAACAGGCGAGACAGCGACGGGUAGCUGAGCGGGAAGCACGAAGGUUAGUCACGUCGGCGCGCCGUGCUCGAGAAGCCAAAAAUAUUCGCGGCCACCAUGAUGGUCUCUCUUCAGAUGAUGAAGAAAGUCAAACUGAUAUCUCUAAGUUCACUAUGGAAAAAGACUCCCUGGAGUCAAGUGCUAAGACCUUGUUCGAAGACGUGCUGGAAGAUUUUUGUGAGGUUGAUUGUAUCCGUAGUCAGUUCGAGCAGUGGAAGUUCAGGUAUGGAGAUUCCUACAGGGAGGCUUACAUUGGGCUGUGUCUCCCCAAGUUGUUCAACCCUCUCAUCAGACUGCACACUCAAAAUUGGAAUCCACUUGAGGAGAACUGUGUUGACUUUGAAGAGAGUCAGUGGUACAGCUGUCUAGUUUUUCUGGGUCUUCACCAUGAAGAGGAUGAGGCCUCCAUAGAAGAUGAUGACGUUAAAUUAUUACCAGCAAUUGUGGAUAAAAUAAUUUUACCAAAGCUCACAAUGCUAGUGGAAACAGUUUGGGACCCAAUGUCAACAAUACAGACCUCAAGACUAGUGAACCUCGUACAGCGACUGAUCCGCGACUACCCCACUGUCAAUGGAGACGCCAAGAAUACUCAGGCAUUACUGAAGGCCAUCUCCAGCAGGAUGAAGAAAACCCUGGAUGAUGAUGUCUUUAUGCCUAUGUAUCCCAAAAAUGUUUUAGAGAACAGAUCUGGUGGCCCAGCUGUCUUCUUCCACAGACAGUCCUGGACAUGUAUCAAGUUACUUGGCAACAUCCUGUCAUGGUUUGGAAUCCUUGCUGAUCAAGUUUUACAACAGAUAGCCUUUGAUGGGCUGCUCAACCGAUACAUCAUCCUGAGUCUGCACACUGGCUUCUGUAACAAGGAUGCUCUGGAGAAAACUAACGCAAUCAUAUCCACACUACCUAAGGCCUGGUUCACCCGAGCAGACACAGACAAGACGAUGCCCCAGUUGGAGCCUCUGUGUCGCUACCUCACGCUCUACGCUGAUACUGUGCACAAGUCCACCAUGUUGGGCUCCGAUGCCGGGCGGCAUGAGGGCAGAGAAAACAUAAAGCAAGUGAGCAAGAUGUUUGUGAACAUCCAUGCUCUGGAUCACGCCAUAUUCCUUUCGAACGAGUACAGCUUCAAGAUCUCAUAGUGAACAGCCCUCAUGUUGCCCUGUGUAUCAUAGCUGUGACAUGACAAUAGAUGAAUGUUUCACCACAAACCUCAACCCCCACCUUCAUGACCAAUCAUCCUUUCCUGCUGGGAGAAAAACGGGACUGGAAUUUCAAGAGGUCCAGAACUCAUUACUGUGUUACAUUUAAAGUGGCAAAUAUGGGACAGACAUCAACUCGAUCUUAUUGAAAACAGUCACAUGAGGUUUCCUUUGUAUGUGGAAACAUAUUCUUGCUUCUAGGGCAUUACCAGGGCAGCAUCCUUUCUUGAAGAUGGUCGAAUAUUGUGGCAAAUCUCAAUUAUCACUGACCGUUAAUAAAAGAAAAUGACAGAAUAGGUCCUUACAACUUGGCCAUAUUUCAAAGCUUCAGAGCUAAAUUUUCUUUCUUUCAGAGAUAUAUGUUACAAUGUUAUAGUUAUUAUCACAAGGUAAGAGAAAGCGAUUAUACUUGCCUGGAGUCCCUGUGAUGCUUGGUGUCCACCAGAUGUGGUCCCUGUGUGAUGACACAAGAUGGAUGGAAACUGUCCCAAAGAUUCAUCCUUUGUCUUCAACCUUAUUUGUGUGGAUGUGCAUGGAGGAAGAUCAUCAUUUUCUCCUCUAAUACUGAUUAUAGAUCCAUAAGUUGUGUUCCUCAACACAUGAAUACAGCCACUGCAGAUCUGACACAACAGGUUAUCGCAGAACGUGCUGUAGCUUUGACUCAUUCGCCGAUUUAAUACAAAAUUUAGCUUUCACAGAUUUUCAGAAAAGAAGAAUAAUCAGGGAUGGAAAUUUUCCGCUGAUCCACAGAUUUCUGCCAAUUUUAUUUCAAAUCGAUCAAUUCGAUGACACAAUA